GGCCGGUUCUGCCCCGCGUGCUGGCAGUUGAAGCUCUAACGGUCCAGACCCAGCUGCAGAGCUUGAAUCCGUCACUACUCGUCUUCUCGGUGUCGACAACUUCACAACUAUCCGACUCUUUUAAAACGCAAAUUGUCACUGUUAAACUCGGUUAGACCUGUCCACGGAGGCUCUGUUUACAUAUCUGACAGCUGUAACAUACUUUGGGACAUUUUGGUGGACACCACGCCUCGACAGGACAACUCGUUGCCCAGUAACCAACUAUAUAUUAGACACAUUAACGGUUAACGGUCGAUCAACAGGCUAUCUGAAGCUGGUAAACUCUGAAAGCUACUGAAAUGGCAGAAGAACUUGAGAAAAUCCUCUCACAGCUGACUCAGCCUGACAAUGCUGUUAUCAAGCAGGCCACCGUCCAGCUGAAACAGGCUUUCAAAGACCCAGCCAUUAUACCAGCCCUGUGUGCUGUCAUGAGUGGCUCCCAGGACCCUCAGGUUCGUCAGUCAGCUGCAGUGAUGCUGAGGUUGAGAGUGAAGAAACACUGGAAGAAGAUUAGCCCCAAUGACAGAGAGAGUCUUAAGGAGGUGGUGUUGCGGGCCUUCAUGCAGGAAAUCGAGCACACAGUGCAGCACUCACUCUCCCAGCUGUGCGCAGUGAUGGUUAAACAUGAGACACCUGACCGCUGGCCUGCUCUGCUGCAGCUCCUCAAUCAAGCCACCAAGAGCAGCAAUCCUCAUGACAGACAGGUUGGCCUCCUGCUGCUGAAUAAGGUUAUGGAUUCCAAUCCUGAGCCUUUCAAGCCUCACUACUGCCAGCUGCUACAGCUGUUUAGUACUGUGCUGCAGGACCACGACAACCCAACAGCCUUGUACUACUGCAUCCUCACCCUCACAGCCAUAACUGCAUACACUGGCACAGAAGAGAUGCACCAGAUGCGUUCCAUCAUCCCAAGUCUGAUUGUCGCUCUGAAACACCUCAUCAAGGCAGAUCAGUGCCAAGCCAGCGAGGCCAUGGAGGUGUUUAAUGAGCUCAUGGAGAGUGAGGUGUCCAUCCUCGUUCCUCAUGUUCCUGACAUCGUCCGCUUCUGCUUGGAGGUGGGCUGUGAUACCACACUGAGUGACUCUUUGCGGGUGAAAGCACUCUCUUGCAUUUCCUUCCUCAUCAAGCUGAAGAGCAAGACGGUGCUGAAGCAAAAGCUGCUGAGCCCCAUCUUGCAGGCCAUUUUCCCUGUGCUGAUUGCAACUCCCCCACCUGGGGAGCAGGACCCAGAGGACGAGGAGGAUGACAGUGGAGAUGGCACAGACAAUGACAAUCCCAAACACUGUGCUGCUCAGAUUAUUGACACUAUGGCACUCCAUAUGCCCCCAGAGAAACUGUUUCAGCAAGUGAUGCCUCUCACCCAGACCUGCCUUGCCAGUGAAAACCCCUAUGAGAGGAAGGGGGGUCUCAUGUGUCUUGCUGUGCUGGCUGAAGGAUGUGCUGACCACAUACGCACCAAGCUGCUGGCAUCAGUGCUGCAGACAGUGUGCCAGAGUCUCUCUGACAGUAAUCAGGUGGUGCGCAGUGCCAGCCUCUUUGCGCUGGGACAGUUCUCUGAACAUUUACAGCCUGAAGUGAGCAAGUACUGUGCAGAGUUGAUGCCUUUGCUGCUGGGCUACCUUUCAUCCUUGAACCAGGCCAAGGUCGGCCAUGUCACUAAGGCCUUUUAUGCCUUAGAGAACUUUAUGGAGAACUUAGGAGCAGAUAUUGAGCCCUACCUGCCCACCCUGAUGGAGACAAUGUUGUCUGCACUUAACAACGCUGAAAGCCUCAAGAUAAAAGAGCUUGCUGUGUCUGCCAUAGGUGCCAUUGCCAAUGCUGCCAAGGAGCUGCUGGUUCCCUACUUCCCUCCAGUUAUUGAAAGCCUGAAGGGCUUCCUGACUACCACCACAGAGGAAAUGAGGCCUCUGCAAACUCAGUCCUUGGAUACUCUCUCUGUGCUGGCCCGUACCAUCGGCAAAGAUGUCUUCAGUCCUCUUGCUGCAGAGUGUAUUCAGCUGGGCCUCAACCUCACUGACACCAUUGACGACCCUGACUUGAGACGCUGCACGUACAGUCUAUACUCUUCUGUAUCCACAGUCAGCCCGGAGUGCCUGACUCCUCACCUCACUGCCAUUACAACAGUCAUGCUGCUCGCCCUCAAGUCCAACGAAGGCAUUACGGCACACGUUGAGGAGGACAAGACAUUUGUCCUGCUGGAUGAUGACGACGAUGACGACAAGGAAGAAGAAGGAAAAGUUGGGGAGGAUUUUCUGGAAGAUGAGCCUGAGACUGAUAUCGAUGAUGUUGCAGGGUUCAGUGUGGAAAAUGCCUACAUCGAUGAGAAGGAGGAUGCCUGCGAUGCACUGGGAGAGAUUGCCUUCAGCACUGGUGCUGCCUUCCAGCCCUUCCUGGAGUCCAGCUUCCAGCAAGUUUACGAGAUGAGAGAUUUUCCCCAUGAGGACGUUCGCAGGGCAGCGUUUGGAGCCAUGGGCCAGUUUUGUAUGGCUCAGCAUCUAGUGUGGAAGGAGAAUCCCACUGAGGCCAACCACCAGGCCUUACUGAAGUUGAUGGAUGUGGUGCUUCCUUGCUUUGUGGAAACGGUGCGAACAGAGACUGAGCGCCAGGUUGUGAUGGGAAUAUUGGAGACCAUGAAUAGUGUUAUGAAGUCCUGCAAGGAGGAGGCUUUCAAAAACCCUUUACGCCUCAAGGAGAUCAGCUAUGUCAUCCGUGAUGUGCUCAAGAAAAAGACCGUUUGUCAGGACAGUGGUGGUGAUGAAGCUGAUGAUGAAGAACAGGCGGAGUAUGAUGGCAUGCUCCAGGAAUUUGCCGGGGAGGGAAUCCCUCUGCUGGCCUCUUCUGUGCCUGCAGACAGCUUCGCCCCUUUCCUCAACGACCUGCUGCCUCUCCUCAUGGGCAAAGCUAAAUCCACAUGCACGGUGGCAGAACGGUCCUUCUCUGUGGGUACGAUCGGAGAAAUCCUGCAGGCCCUCGUGAGCGUGUCCGGGGGCCAAGGAGUGGCGGGCAGACUUUCCAAGCGUUUGCUUCCCGUGCUGGUAUCUGGAGUGAGGGACGCUGAUGCUGAGGUUCGCAACAACAGCGUGUUCGGACUGGGAUGUCUGGCCCAGGCAGCUGGACCCAUCGGUGUAACAGACUAUCCCAUGAUGCUGUCUGUGUUUUCCAACAUGCUGACUAAAGAGUCAGACCUCAGGGUGAUUGACAACCUGUGCGCUGCCCUCUGCAGGAUGAUCAUGAGCAAUGUGGAUGCUGUCCCGCUUGAGCAGGUUGUUCCAGCUCUGGUGGCUCGUCUUCCCCUCAAAGAGGACUUGGAGGAGAACAAGACGGUGUUCAGCUGCCUGGCUAUGCUCUACGAACACAGUCCUGCUCUGGUUGUGAAGGUAAUGAAACCCAUAGUUGCUGCUUCCAGUGACGUCCUUGGCAACAAGAGCGUUGAAAAAGAAACCCAGCACACUUCGGCCUUGCUGAUGAAGGAAUUUGCCCAGCACCACUCUGCAGACUUCCAAGCAGCUGUGACCUCACUUCCUGGAGAACAGCAGGCCAAACUCAGUGCGGCCAUCGCUGCCUCGUAGCCGGCACGCACCCUUCCACUCUUGUGUGUGAAAGCCAGCCGAAACAAUGAAUUUUUAUACUGUAGGUGGAAAAUGUGACAGUUGUUUCCCAAAAAAAAAUGAUCUAAAUACAGCACUUCAACCAUUCUACUAGUUAUUAUCACAUUCGGCAGUUUUGCCCCUUGAGUAUUAACUUUUAAUUUAUUUACUUAUGCUAUGUUGAUUAUUUUAAGAGUUCCGGUUUAACCAUCCUGUGUUGUGUUUUGUUUCCCUGUUCUUCCUGUAAAGUGCUACUGUCUCCAUCUGCCACUGUUUGGACAAACUUCUGGCUUUGCUCUCUGAGUGUGAAGCAAUGAAUUUGAUCUCCUGAUAAAUGUAUUUUUUGUUCAAAUCUCCCAGUGUAAGUCAGUGGACUUUAAACUUUUGAUUGCUAUGCGUUCUCUCCCGGCGUGGCCUUAACUCAGAGAUCUAUCUGCUGCUUACAAAGGGCUUUUUCUCUAAUGGGCUGACCCUGCAGCUGUGUGUUGUGUGAACUCUGGCAGAAAUAGUGAGAACCCCCAGAGGUCACAGACUAACUGGACAUACUGAGCUAAUAGGCCCACUUACUUUACCCUCAACACACUCUGUUAAUGCUUCUGUCCAUCUCUGUUGGUGCUAUUUCUGCUCAGCAUAUUAAAAACUAUUCAGCAGUA